ACAUUGUUCGUGCAUACCUCUGUUUAUAAACUAUACAUACCCCCGUUAGCAAACAUGUCUGAAACCAUGAAGACUGUCGCCAUCCCCGGCAUUGCCUGGGACAUUGCCGCAGACAUCUACUUCCCACCAAAUUUCGAUCCCAAGUUGAAGUAUCCGGCCGUUGUUUCCGCUCACCCAAUAGGCUCAUGCAAGGAGCAGACCUCGGGCAAUGUCUACGGAAAAGCUAUGGCCAAAGCCGGCUUUGUCGUUGUGGCGUUUGACGCCUCAUUCCAGGGCGCCUCAGGUGGCACGCCGCGGUUUGUUGAAAAUCCGGAAUUCCGCGUCUCCGACUUCCGCUACGUGGUCGACUACAUCCAAAAGUCGCUUCCGUAUGUCGACGACGAACGCAUCGGCGUCCUCGGCAUCUGUGGAGGCGGCGGCUACGCCCUUAAUGCAGCCAUGACUGAUUACCGUUUCAAGUGCGCCGUCGGCGUCACACCUGCCAACUUCGGGCGCCUCGCCCGCGAAUCCUUCGCUCAAUAUGAUCCGGUUGGCGCUCUCGCGAAGAUGGCCCAGCAGCGCAAGGCUGAAGCCCAAGGCGCGGACCCCUUUGUGCUCAACUACCUACCUUUCGCGAGCAUUGAAGAAGCCAAAAGGGCUGACAUUGACAUGCGUGAGGCAUUUGAAUACUAUAAAACUGAUCGGGGCAAGGCAUCUAAUGGCUGUGUGAGCGGCUUGUUUUCAUUUAAUAGCGCCGCAGUCGCCUGGGACGCCUUUGCAUUUGCUGAAAAGAUCAUGACACGCCCUUUCAUGGUUAUUGCUGGUGAUAAGGUUGGUGCGUUCGGAGCUUACCGGGAUGCGCAAGAUAUUUAUGCGAGGGCGGCCUCGAAGGAAAAACAUCUGGUUAUCCUGCCGGAAACCUCACACUACAUGCUCUAUGACCACCCUGAGGCUACCAAGCUCGCGCUCGAUCAAAUUUUGCCCUUCUUGAAGAAACACCUUGGCGAGGCUGCGUAGAUCUCUCCGGGAAGUGGCAUUCUAGCAGGCUUUGUUGGGUUACGAUAUUGUCAAAUAAAAUACAAAGCUCCACGAGCUGUGGUCAAAUAUUAUCACUCAUCUAUACCGACUGAGUUAGGUUGAAUGAAC